UACUUUUGUGUAGAUAGAAAAUAACCAACCGUCGAUUCGGCCAUUUUUGCUCCGCAUCUGUGCUGCGUCAGUUAUCUGGUUCAGCGCUGAUCAAUUGUUAGAGGGUAAAAUUGAUUAUCUCGACCAGAAAUAGUCUAAAAGCCAUGGCAUCUGUGAAGGAAGCAAACUCCGAGAAACCCUCUCAGGAAUCCGCACCAAUCCACCACAUCCGUAUCACGCUUACAUCUCGUAACGUGAGGGCUUUGGAAAAAGUAUGCUCCGACUUGAUUGACGCCGCCAAAAAGCAAAAGCUUCGCGCCAAGGGUCCAGUACGUAUGCCAACCAAGACUUUACGUAUCACAACCCGUAAAACCCCUUGUGGUGAGGGUUCCAAGACAUGGGACAGAUUCCAGAUGAGGAUUCACAAGAGAGUCAUCGACUUACAUUCCCCAUCUGAAAUUGUCAAACAAAUCACUUCUAUCAACAUCGAACCUGGUGUAGAGGUAGAAGUGACCAUUGCAGAUGCUUAAGUAUUUUGAUACUAAAGUAAAUAAAAGUUUGUAAAAAUAACAA